GAACCCAGGGGUCCAGCACAGCAGCAGCCGUCCAUGUCCAUGGCCCUUUCGAGCUCGCUGCGUGCCCUGGCCCUGGUCUCGCCGGCCCUCCCCUCCGCUCGUCCGAGCGGGGUCACGGUCCCGGCGUCCCGCGCGCGGGGCCGGCCGCGGAGAGGGUCGGGGGUCGUGGCGCUGGCGGCGGCGCUGCCGUCGGACGCACAGUGGCUGGAGCGGCUGCCGGAGAAGUCGAAGCCGCUGUACACGCACAGCCUGCCGUGCAUCGAGGCGUGGCUGCGGAGCCUCGGGUUCACGCAGUCCCGCGAGGACCCCGCCCUCUGGGUCGCCGAGAUGCCGCUCUGGCACGCGCGCCUCAGCCUCGAUGUCACCGACCUCCACAUCAGGUACUUGAAAAGCGGCCCUGGAAAUCUUGAGAAGGAUGUGGAGAGAAGAUUCAGCUAUGCCCUAAGCAGAGAAGACAUUGAGAACGCGAUACUUGGAGGACCUUAAUACAAUCAAGGAGCUCAAAGUUAGGAUUCGUCUAGUCAUGUUUAUUCUCGAGGCAAGGUUGGCACUGAAGAAGUUGCACAGCCCACCGAUGCAGUGAUCUGCAUGCUUCUCUGGUAAUUGUAUGAUCAAACAGAUCAUGUGUCGAAAAAUAAUAUUCAUAUAAGCUCUUGCAUGACUAGGAUGACAUUGGAGAUGUGGAUGCCUCCAGGUGCCGCGCAUUUGGUUUGUCGGCCUAAAAAUGAAAACCUUUGAGCACAAACUUGCUCAUAUUUAUGUAAAGAAAUGGCUGUCAUAAUGAUAACUUUUAUUAUGUCU